GAUAAAUCAUUUUACCUUUCUUACUCUCAUUGACGUCGAAAUGGCUUUCAGACAUUCGAGACGCAUAGCCCAAAGUUCUUUGCAACUGUUUCAACGCAAUUGCUUCCCCCAAUGUUCACGGAGAUUUGCCUCGGCUGCGGCGAGCGGAGAUGCAAGCAACCUCCCGCUCGCUGGUAUUAAAGUACUCGAUAUGACAAGAGUGCUCGCUGGUCCGUAUAGUACACAAAUUUUGGGAGAUCUUGGCGCUGAGAUCAUCAAAAUCGAACAUCCAACACGCGGAGACGACACUCGAGCUUGGGGACCACCAUAUGCCAAGCAUGUAAAUGGAGAUCAUACGGAUGGACCUGGGGAGAGUGCAUACUAUCUUGGUGUCAAUCGCAACAAGAAAUCCUUAGGACUCUCAUUUGCCCAUCCCGCAGGAGUUGACAUUCUCCACCGGCUGGUGAAAGAGUGCGAUGUACUUGUGGAAAACUAUCUACCGGGGUCUCUAGGGAAAUACGGCAUGGACUACGAUACCGUAUCAAAGAUUAACCCUGCUCUCAUCUAUGCCAGUAUUACCGGAUAUGGCCAAACAGGACCAUACAGAAACAGGGCUGGAUACGAUGUUAUGGUAGAAGCGGAGUUUGGUUUGAUGCACAUCACCGGUUCCAGAGAUGGGCCGCCUGUCAAGGUUGGCGUUGCUGUCACGGAUUUGACGACUGGCCUAUACACCUCCAACGCCGUCAUGGCCGCUUUGUUAAGCCGCAUGAAGUCUGGUAAAGGACAGCACAUCGAUGUUGCUCUCAGCGAUUGCCAGGUAGCAACCCUAGCAAACAUUGCUAGCUCUGCCCUCAUCAGUGGCCAGAAGGAUUCUGGUCGAUGGGGCACUUCGCAUCCAUCGAUUGUCCCUUACAAGGCAUUCAAAACCUCGGAUGGCGACAUUCUUCUAGGAGGUGGGAAUGACCGACUCUAUGGAAUCAUCUGCAACCGUAUUGGCAAGCCAGAGUACAUCACAGACGAGCGAUUUGUGACAAAUGCUCUCAGAGUGAAGAACCGGGAGACAUUGGAAGACUUAAUAGAACAAGAGACACGCCAAAAGACCACGCAGGAGUGGUUAGACAUACUCGAGGGUAGCGGCAUGCCUUAUGCUGCCAUUAACGACAUUCAGACUACUUUGAGCAACGAGCAUGUACUCGCGCGGGGAAUGGUGCAAGAAGUUGAUCACCCAGCCUGCGGACCCAUCAAGCUCCUCAAUACUCCCGUCAAGUAUUCAGACUCCAAACCUGGUAUCCGAACACCGCCACCAACACUGGGCCAACACACAGAUGAAAUAUUGCAAGAGACAUUGAGGAUGGAUAAGGAAGAGAUAGAUCGUCUGCGCAGCGAUGGAGUUGUGGCGUAAGAUGAAUAUUUUAGACAUCAAAGAAGAUAGACAAA